AUGUGUGCACUUUAUUUAACCUUUUGUAGUAGGAAGUGCAUAGUCUUUAGUUGCAUGAUAUAUUUAUUUGAAGUUGUUCUAAACUACUCUAGAGAUAACGUGGAAGUGGAUUUUUACUUGAUAAGAUUAUCUUCACCUAACAAAAAUGGUAGCACUACACCAGUAAAGGAUUUAUCCACUGACACCAAUCUUUCUAAGAUUGAUGACGGAAAAGAUGUUUUAAAACAUUUUACAAGAGCCUCUGGCGAUAUUGAAGAGACAAAGGCAGGUAACUCGGAAGGCCGAGAAAAUUGUCCAAAGGAAAAAGAUCUAUCUGGGGAUGUUAACAUGGAGGCAUCCAUAACACCUGAUGAUGUUAUCCGGGCUGGGGGAUUUGGUGCUAGAGAUGAUAUCGGUAGCUUUCUCCCUGUUGCAGGUGAUUCAACUGACUUUGAAGCUUCAAUCCGUGAUGCACGAGACUAUGAGGAACCACAGGGAGAAGUAAGCAGGCCCGGACUUGGUUGGACUGGUGCGACUAAGGACGGAUAA